AUGUUUAAGCUAUUCCUUGGGCUUUGCUUUCGCCGACAGGACAGAUAUCACCUUGUUGCCCGUUUGCAUGAGCACCGAGGGGCCAUCAACACGCUCGCCUUCACGCCAAAUGGGCGAAUCCUUGCUAGUGGGAGUGAUGAUGAAACCGUGAAACUCUGGUCGACGGAGAAAGCUAUAUGCUUGCAGACCUUGGUAAACGAAGGGCAAGGCUGGGGUCAAAUCACUGCAAUGGCAUUCAUAGGCUCUGACGGAGAGUGGUUAAUCUUCAGUACCGGUCGGGGUCUUGUAUGCAUCUAUGGGAGAGCCCCAGGCAGGCUCUACCGUGAAAUGGCCGCUGUUCCGGGUACCUCUGCCUCCAGCGACCCUGUUGAAUUGCUGGUGUUCGACCGCGCAACGCAGAGGCUUGCAGUGACCAGCCACUUCGGUGAAAUCCGAGCCUACCGCAUUGAAUUACAAAAUUUCAAGGCUACCUUCCGUCAGGAAUGGUCGCGGAACAAUGCGGCGAUGAUUCCCCGCUCAUCAGCGUUUGUUAAUCUAGGAAGAGACCUUUUAAUCUUUGGUCUAAAUACAGGAGAUGUUACAACGUUAUCCUCCGGCAAAGGAGAGAUGGUGUCAAGGCACCAAUUAGACUGCCCAAUAGGCUCUGCAGUCAUCAACAGCACAGCGACACUCUUUCUUCUGCACAAUAUAGGCACAGGAUUCGCCCUCUACAACCUCACCACCGCAUCCUUGGUGCAGACAAUACCUGUCAAUUCCGCUAUGCCCAUCGUGACUGAUAUCAAGUUUGGCGAAAAUGGCGCCAUAGCCACUGCAGGCGGUGCAGCAAGCAAAGCCUACGUUAUACACUUGGAAAGCGGCCGCAUUGUCCAACGACUUAACCAUGGCAGAGGGCCAGUUCAAGCCCUGGAUAUGGCGUGCAUGGGAGACUGCCAUCUCAUUGUCUGUGGGUCAUCCGAUGAUUUCCCAGACAUAACACUAUGGGCAAAACCUACGAAGCUGUCUAUGCACCGCCGCUGGGCCAGUUCUGUAUUUGAAAACCCGCUCCUCUGGCUUUGCAUCUUUGUCCUCUUUGUCCUUGCGUAUCAAAUGCGUGGGGCAUGGGCAUUGUUUCUCAAUAAGGAAACAACAUUUGUAGUGCGCAAGGUCGACAUCUCUGAUCAAGCCGCUCAUAAGGAUGUCCAAGGGUCAUCUGUCCCUGGCAUUCUUUACGAUGAUGACCUCUUCCAAGAGGGCGAUGAGCCGUUCCACUUCAAGAAAUGGAUCUUGAAGGGGCGGGCCCUGGAAAGUCAAUGGAAGGCAAGAUCUGUUGGAGUUGUGGAGGAAGGCGAGGAUGGUAUUCCUCCGAACAUCAUCGAGUGGGCCAGAAAGGUGGGGGGGAGGAAGGCACAGGUCAAAAAGGUGGGCAAUGAUGGAGUGGCUGAAGUUCAAGAGUGA